CAGAGUUUCUGAAAAUAAACCCAUGUCUCACUUUCAUUUCCUUAACCGUCGUCCAUACCGUGUGAAAAAUCACUAGCUGUCUUCUCCUCAUUCACAGAAUACUAAACAUCUUCACCAUGUCACUUUCCUUCAACACACUUCAUUUCUCACUCUUUAUAUAUACCCCUUUCAAUCCACACUUUUCCAUUCAAUAUCAAAGCCACACAAAUAACAAAAAUAACAGAAUAACAACUGCCAAGUACUACUACUAUAACUAACUCUUAUCCAUAGAGUUUUUUUCUAACAGAAUUAACAAACUUUCUUCUAUUAUCAUUGUGUUAUUACAACAUGUUUACCAAUAAUCAAAUUUUGGAGUCACAUGAUCCAUGUUCAUCUUCAGAGAGGUAUCUUAAGCCGAAGAAACCUGCGGGGAGGAAAAAGUUCAGAGAAACGCGCCACCCGGUUUACCGUGGAGUCAGAAAGAGGGAUUCUGGCAAGUGGGUGUGUGAAGUGAGAGAGCCUAACAAGAAGACAAGAAUCUGGCUAGGGACAUUUAUUACUCCUGAGAUGGCGGCGCGUGCGCAUGAUGUUGCCGCGAUUGCGCUUAGAGGAGAGUCUGCUUCUCUUAAUUUUGCUGACUCUGCUUGGAGGUUACCGGUUCCUGCUACGUCGGAUGCGAGAGAUAUUCAAAAGGCGGCGGCGGAGGCAGCGGAGGCUUUCCGGCCGGAGACUAAGUUUCAGAACAGUGAGUAUAGCCAGGAGAGAAAGGAUAAUGAAUCAUCAACGGUGAAGGUGGAAGCGGCGGAGACAGCGAUGGAGCAACGAGAGGAAGAAGAGGAUACAGUGCCGGAGUAUUUAAGAAACAUGGUUCUUAUGUCUCCUGCACGUUACUGGGGGAACGAGUUUUGUUUUGAUGACGUGGAUUUUGUAGAUACUGAAGUUUCAUUAUGGACUUUCUGAGUUUAAUUCAAGAAAAAUGCUAGUACCAAAUUUAGGAAUAACAACUAUGUUUGUGUAGAAAAUUGUAGGAUAGUCUUUUACCAAAAAUAACAAUUUGUAAUAGUGUCUAUACUUCUGAUUUUUUUACAAGUACAGAUGCUAUAUGUAGGUUGAGAAAAUAAAGUUCUUUUUUUGGGUGUUGAUACUUGAUAAGGUGUUAAAAAGUGUACAUUAAUUUUAAGAAGUGUACACAAUCUUUUGCUGAAAUUUUUUAUAUAUUAAUAAUUUUAAU